AUGCACGUCGAGACGCUGCAGCGCGAGUCGCGAGCGCCGUCCAUUUCCCCCCGCGUCGAUGCCAUUGCGUUCAAUUCGCCCGAGAAGAACUACCGUCCGUGGCGCCAAGACACGGCGGCACCCAAGUCGCCAAAAAAGAAAACGGCGCCGGUGGUCGUCCAAAGCCCCGAGAAAUACCAUUUUGAGCCCAAGGUCGACAAGGUGAAAGAAGAGUGGCUGCUGCUCAAUAUGUUUCGCCAAGGUGACGUGUCGCAGUACGCGUCGUUUUGCCACGUACCCAAGCCCAGUGUCGACCGACCGACGUCGGCCGAGGACCUUCGCGUGCCCGGGUCGUUUCAGACGAGCACGCGGCGGCUCGUGGCGCCAAAGAAGGCAACCGAGCUCCUCGCCCGCGAACGCAACUGGGUCGACGUACCCAACUGCAAGAUCCCGCGCUACGAUGCGAUAUUGGACAAAUAUUGUCAUACGAUCACGAGCCCGUCGGUGCAAAAGCAGAUUUACAGCGCGGUCGACCUCUCGCCGCAACUCGCGUACGUGCUCGAGAAGCGCCCAGCGCCGCCAAAGCUGCGGCCGACGCGGCCAACCAAACCACCGACGACGUCCAGCGCCAAGCUCGCCAACAAGCAGAGCGAUAUCGUGUCCCUCAAGUUUGCGAAUUUGUACUCGGGCUAA